UUAAUUUUAAUUUUCUAUUUUUAUUUUCAGAUAAAAGUUUAAAAAGAAUCUUAUCAUGGAGUCAAGACAGAAGGUUUCAAAGGUUAUGAGAAUUCCGGGUGAUAAAACUGGUCUCAUUAUUGGACAACGAGGAGCUACUAUCAGGGAUCUGAAAUCUAUACUAGGAAUUACAAAUGUACAUUUUGAUACCAGGAAUGGACCUGGACCAGAUGGAUACAAUAUGCUGACUAUAGUUGGAAUAAACGAAGAUUCUGUGAACAAAGUAGAAGAUCGUGUCAAUUCACUUCUCUACACGGAGAAAAAAACGCCCAAAAAAUUCUUUGGAAAUUCUAGGGUUCUGUUUCUUUGGGAAGGAGUGGCCCAUGAGAAUGCUGACAUGAAACUGGUUCUACAAGAUGAAGAGGAGCCAGGAUGCCUGGUGAAAGAAGUUUACCAGAUUAAAUCCAUCAGCCCACGUGAAGCCCCUGAACUAAGUCUUGAUGGCUUGAAUCUCAGGCCUCAGCCAACUUUCAUGCAAGGUUUCAAUGAUGAGCUGGUUAAAAAUGUAUUUACCUCUUCUCUGGAGGCAAAAAUGGCGUCGACCACGGAAUUUACUUACAGCUUGGGAGAGGAGAUGUUCAAGAUUGUGGGUGCAUCUCAGGCUGCGGAAAGUUUCCAAAUACCGAUCAGGAACGGUCGAGUUCUUCAUAAAGACCUGAAAGACUUAAAAUUAGAAGGAUAUUGGAGCACCUCGCUCAGUGCCACCAGAACUGCCCGAAUGGUAAAAUGUUUGAAAGAUGAUGGGUUUACGUGUAUAAAUGAGGAAGCAGAAGGAUUUACAAUUGUGCAUUUGGACUUUAAACCUGAAAAGCUGACUGCUAGUAUUGUUUUGGGGGAGGAGGCGUAUAGAGGACCACUAGGCAGUUCCAAGAAAACUAACAUUCAGGAGUCCAGUUCUGGUUCUUCUAGUGAACCUCUUGUACAGUCAGUUCAAACAAACAAACUAAAGGUUUGCAAGAUAACUAUGAUUACUGAAAACAGAUUAGAUAUCCGAGCUUACCUAACAACAUAUGACAAAGAGGAGUCUGGAGAUCAACUAAGUAAGAAGCUGAAAGAUAUUCUCAACCAAUGUUGGAUGAACAGGGAUGCAGAGGGGGGGAUAGCAGAGCCAGAGGCUCAAACAGGACUAAGGUUCAAUCUUGUGAAGCAAGUGCUACACAAAAUGUAUUUCAACAAGAGUGUCAUGUUUAAGGAUAAACCGGAAGUGCUUCAGGUUUGUAUUAACAAAUUGCGACGAAAACAAGCAGGCCAGGAAUGGUGUGAUAGUUUAGAAAUAGAUGUGCACUUUGGAGAAUUCACUUCAGAUGUUAAAGGUUCGGAGCUAGCUGAUCGCUUCCAGUUUGUGAGGAACUGGUUGAAUGAUUUUGAGUAUUAAUUUAAUCUGAAAGGACACAUUGGAACGUUUGUUCUUUUGCUUGUACAUUUAAAUUUUGAAAUGUUUUUUUUUUUCUUGUAUUUUAAUAAGUUGUAAAUUGUGCAUGGUGGUGGUUACCCACAAAGAUGAAACCAAAGCGACGACUGUGCGGAAUUUAUCGCGCUUGUCACGCCAAAUGAAUGUAAAUUUCACGUUUUCAAUCUUAAACGAUUCAGCUCAAAAAUAACCUUACUUGGUUACCCACAAAAGGAUUAGACUCUGUAAUGACGAUCUGUAACAUUUUGAAUAUUCUGACUAAUAUUAAUGAUUAAUAAAAAAUUAAUUAAGAAGUGUA